AUGUCAAAGGCUGUCGGAAAAUUUCCCGCGUACAAUGAUGCCGUGGGCUGUCAGGCUGUGCUGUUCGAAUGGGCCGAGAGCUUUGACACCAAAGACUGGGACCGGCUCUCUAGGGCCCUUGCCCCAUCACUCUAUGUCGACUAUACGCAAGUGAUGGGCCAGCGCUGGGAAUCCAUGCCCGCGGAGGAUUUCGUGGCUAUGGCCUCCAACGCCCAUUUUCUCGGCAACCGGCGCAUCAAGACGCAGCAUUUCAUUGGCGCGGGCAGAUGGACUCAAGCGGCAGAGGAUCACAUCACUGGCUACUUCCAAAUGCGUGUGGCUCACCAGAAAUAUAGUGACGAUGAACUUUCUACGGUAUUGUAUCAGGGCCACGCGCACGGGAAGGCGACGGUCCACUGUUGGAAGAUCGAUGAUGUCUGGAAGUUUGCGGGGCUUGAGCCUGACAUUAGGUGGGCAGAGCAUGAUUAUGAUAAGAUUUUCCAGCCUGAGUAG